AGAAUCUGUGAAAAAAAAAAAAAAAAAAAAGAUCUCAUCCGAUUCCCUUUGCGUUAUCGCUUUCCUUUUGGAGUCAUCUGAAGCCCACCAUUCAGAGAGAGUUCACAGAUAGACUCUGAUAGAGAGAGAGAGAGAGGAGUGACCAUGGCUACCUGCAACAUGGCAUCUGCUGCAGCUGGGUUUAUGUUCUCGUCGUCAUCUUCUAGUUCUCUGAUGAUCACAUCAAACACUUCGAGCUCUUCUAAGAAUUGCAUGGCCUUUUCUCCCCAGAACAACAGAAACGGUAACAGUGCUGUGUCAAAGAGGCUAAUUGUGCGGGCUUCGGAGGAAGCGGCGGCGGCGGCACCACCACCGGCUACCGCCACCACCGCUCCCCCUGCUAAGCCGAAGCCGCCUCCGAUCGGACCCAAGAGAGGCACAAAGGUGAGAAUUCUAAGGAAGGAGUCUUACUGGUUCAAAGGCGUAGGAUCUGUUGUGGCAGUGGAUCAGGACCCGAAGACUCGAUACCCUGUAGUGGUUCGGUUCAACAAGGUCAACUACGCGAAUGUAUCAACUAACAACUAUGCACUGGAUGAGAUUGAAGAAGUGAAGUGAAAGUGUGUAUAUAUUCUGUGUGUGCAUGGCUUAAAAUUUGUAUAAAAAUACUUGAAUGCUUUCCUCUAUUAGUUCUAUCCCUUUGCCA